UUGGCAUUCAGAAUUCGCGCGAACAAUUGUGAGCAGUAGCGGCACCGCUGUGCGUGUUGAAGAAUCGAAAAAACAGUUAAAUUAAAACAAUUACUUGAAAACAAUAUUAAUUUUGUUUUGAAAGAGAAUUUGUUUAUGAAGAUGUGUGGGGAAUUCACCACGCUGGGCACACACCGCAGACAUCGAAGCUGCCACUAGGUUCAAGUUAUUGCAAACACACCACGGCACUGUACUUUUUUCUGGGCCUGUAGAGGUUUUUGAAAUGGAAAGCAAGGGACAAACAGCCAAAACAGAAGCACUCAUCUCAAAUAUCUAAAUUAAAUCCACAGAGGAUUAGGCGCUGGUGUCGUAUAUAAUGUUGGCACAGGAGAUUGCACCGACGGAGAUUGGCAAACACGCAAACAUCAUCAGAGCUGCACAGGAAGACCUGGCCAACAUGGACGUGCUUGUGUGUGGACGCUGUCUGAGAGCCUACAAUUUUGUUGAGGAAUUCCAGGCUCACAAGGAGGACGCCUGCGAGAAGGAGAAUGCCAAUAUGAAGGAGUCAAUUGACACUAAGCCGACCAUUUGGGCAUUUACACUCUGGAAGGCCACGCAACAACACUUGCGAAAGGAUGCCAAUUCUGGAAACUCGUGGGCCCUGUAUCAGCACUGGGUGAAACUGGAGGAGAGCGUGCGCGAGCCGUGGAUCGUGGCCGGAAAGACAAUUCAAUCCUUUGGGAAGAUUGCUCACGGACAGCUUCAGGAUAUGCCAGUGCGCAUUACCAAGACUGUCGUCAAUCCCAACAACAACAAUACCUCUAAUAGUAACAAAAACACGAGCGUCUCCCCCGCCAAAAAGUCGCCUUCCGGCAAGCUACCAACGUUGGCUAAUCAGCUGAAGGACACGGAAAACGAACGCCCCAAGUCAAAGCCGGGAACGCCAACGCCAACGCUUCCAACAGGGCCUUCCGGCGGCGCAGUCAAGGCAAAUAACCGGAUAGCCAUUCGCGUCGAUUCCAAGACUGAGCAGCGAACAGAAGAACCCGUAGAGAAAAUAGUUGCUAAGCGUUUCAAUCCCCGUCGCAAGACCCACGAGUAUUUGGUGAAAUGGGUGGAUCGCUCGCACCACGAGAACACUUGGGAGGUUAUGGCCAACCUUGAGCGAGUUCCUUACUUUCUGCAAAUGUUCGAAAAGCAAUUGGCGCGCCAAAAACUUACAAGAGAGAAGGGUCUUGAUGCUUUGAAACGCUUGCAAACGCCUGGUACGUCCUCAAAACCGGAUACUCCUGCCCCGCUAAGUCCAGUCCCAGCUCCAACGCAGAUAUCGCCAACAUCACGUCCCUCGCGCACUUCUAAAACAAAGGCCAUGGACUCGUUCAAGCAGUGGGUCAAUGAAACUGGGGGUGGUGAUGGUUCCUCUUCUCCAUCCUCAGCGAACGAUGAUGAAUCUGCAACUGAACAGGAAUGGCCACCGGCAACUGGGCCGAGCGGAGGAAAACGUAAGCUCGACCACACCGACUCCAGCUUGGAGGGAAGUGGGCUGAACGACUCGAUGGAACUUGAGGACCUCGAGGAGGAUUUACCCUCGCACACCGUGAAGCGUUUAAAAAACGGUGGAAGCUCCGUGCAGUUGAACAAGCCAAGAGUUCAGCCCACGGAAAAGCAGCAAACUAAAAUCAAUGGCAACUCAAGCGUCGUCAACACAUCCGUCACUGAAAAGAAGAUGGGUGAAAUCAUCUACACAGAGGACAGCACUAGCUCUGGAAUGUUUCGCAAGCCUGAGAUGCCCAACACUCUCCAAAUGGUAAAUAAUAAAACCGAGUGCCCUGUACGUUACCUGUCGCGCUCAGAAGUGGCCAGCAAUACAAGAGGAGUUUUUCGGGUGGAUAAUACGGAGACGCCGCCUGCUUCUGCCUCGCCUGCAGGUCCAACGUUGCCUCAGAAGAUAAGCUCCAUGACUGUGAGCGGUGGUAUUACCAAGCGCCUACCCGUUUCCCGGCCAACAAAUUCUCCAAUUACGGUGGGUCAGCGUCAGCAAGUGCUGCGAACGCCCGGUCAGGGCCCGACGACGAUCCAGCGCCGGCCUAUCGUGGGUGGCACUUCACAGGUGCGACAAAACCAGCAGCUGACACCGGCCCGGGCUCAUCCAGGUGGCCGGGUCCUAGCGCGCGCUGGAACGCCUCAGCAGCGACAUCAGGUGACAACGCAGCACGGUGGAAAGGCAGUGACUCCCGAACAAAAGAUCCUUCAGCUAUCCAAAUCGGGGGAUCUGAAAGUCACUCGAAAAGUGGUCACGCGAGAGGAGAUGAUAGCACAGCGUGCUGCUCAGGCCCGACAGCAGCGGCAAGUGCACGCCCAGCAGCAGCAGUCCUCUCAGGUGCAAAUACAGAAAGUGGCCGCAGGCCGUCAGAGGGUAGCUCCAAAAGUAAAUAUCCAGCCGACACCACUCCAGAUGGAGAUAGAGGAGGAAGUGCAACAGCACCAGGCUCAACUAUGCCCGAUUACCGGAAAGCUAAUUGGCCAGGAAGAGACCCAGCUACAAAUGGAGCAGGAACAGCAGCAAGAACAACAACGUGAGCAGUUAGAGGCCGCGGCUCAGGCGCUAUUAGGAGACCAAUCAGUUCUUACUAAUGAAGAUGGAUCGGCUUUGCUGGUGCGGGGCGAGGACGGUACAGUAUACCAAGUUGCCGGGAAAAAUGCGGAGGGCCAGACCAUACUGGUGACUCAAGGUCCGGAUGGCGAGCAACAGUUUGCUUAUGUCGCUGCCGCUGAGGACGAUCAGGACGUUCUCUCUUUAGAUCAUGCGGUAGCCGAGGCAGUGCAGUCUGGCGAGGUUGAAGCGCACGGAGCAGCAGGAGCAGCAGCAGACGAGCAGAUUCUAGUCUCUAUGACAGAGGAGGAAUUGGCGCAGCACCAAGCGGCAGCGCUCCAGCAUGCAGAGGCAUCUGCAACUGGCACAGGAACCCCGGCUACGGCCCAGAUUCAUAUAACAACAUCCGACAGCGAUGGCACGGAAGCCCAGAUACCGGCCGAAGUUGUCCAGGCGGACCUUCCCUCACCUGGUGGCACCCGUCGCGUCGUUUUACUGCUACAGGACGGCACUUUUAUGAUGACUGAGAUGCACGAGGAACAGUUCAAGACGCUCAACAUCCCGACGUAAAGAUAUAUUAAUAUAUAAAUAGCUCUAGCCGAUUACUAUACUUUAAGUCGAUAAUAUUGAAGACACUUGGCUGUUUGUGGGUCAAUGGUCCCACCUUCAGUUUAGCUUAGCCUAAGUCACAUACUCUAGACCGCAAUCCGUAUCGUUCUGGUAGUUGAGUAUAUUGGAGAUUACAGAGCUGCCCUUCUAGCCGAACGGGUAAUUGUCUUGGAGGCUAGUCGGGGUAAAUAAAUGAUGGGAGUACAUAAAACCCUAAACGCACGUCAAUCAUGGGGAAGGUAUUUGAACGGUUCUGCUUUGAAAUCGGCUGCAUAUUCGCAUAAACAAAUACAAUAACACAAUUCAAAAUAAUUGUAAGGAAAUAUAAUAAAUUAAAGUAAAAACGUCAAUAGUUCAAUGUUGUAAGAACUUUGCGGGCUUGCAUUUUCAAAUUAACAAAUAAGGAAAGACAAACCGACAUAGAUGUAACUCAAGUUUCAAAUAGAAAUGAAUUGUAAAUUA